CGGCGGUUUGGUUCAGUGUCAUGGCGGUGGCGGCGGCGCCCAGCCCGCUCCAGCCUGACGGCCGCGCUGCGGAGAUCAGCGCCGACCCUGCGGCCUCGGAGGUGGCGAGCAGCGCCCUGCGCUGCCUGGCCGGGUUGGCGGGGCAGCUUAACCUUGGAGAUGAUAUCGUGAAAGUUGUAAUUGAUUGGAGCAAGCUUCAGAACACAUCAGCGCUUCAGCCAGCAUUGCUGUUCAGUGCACUUCAGCAGCAUAUUUUAUGUUUGCAGCCUCUUUUAGAAAAACUUCAAUCAUUGAUUAAAGAGGAAAAUACAGGCCAUGUUGAACCUGCUGGUAAAACAGAAGGCCAGCCUUGUGAAAGGAGUUCAGAUGUUUAUGAUGGUAACUGUCAGACUGAAGAAAAGUAUGCAAGUUAUGACUUGAGAGAUUUGAAGGAUGCUCAUGUGAUUUUUGAUCCAGAGGUGGUCCAAAUAAAAGCUGGAAAAGCUGAAAUUGACAGGCGGAUAUCAGCCUUCAUCGAGAGGAAACAAGCUGAGAUCAAUGAAAAUAAUGUCAGGGAAUUUUGCAAUGUUAUUGAUUGUAAUCAAGAAAAUAGCUGUGCCAGAACAGAUGCAAUUUUCACACCCUAUCCUGGAUUUAAAAGCCAUAUAAAGGUUUCUAGGGUAGUAAAUACAUAUGGACCUCAGACUAGAUCUGAAGGAGCACAUGGGUCCAGUCACAAAGCCAGUGUACCUGUUCACGAUUGUGGGAACCAAGCUGUUGAGGAGAGACUGCAAAACAUUGAAGCGCACUUACGGUUACAAACAGGUGGUCCUGUACCAAGAGACAUUUAUCAGAGAAUUAAGAAGCUUGAAGAUAAAAUCCUUGAGCUGGAAGGACUGUCUCCUGAAUAUUUUCAAUCUGUAAGCUGUUCUGGCAAGAGGAGAAAGGUUCAGCCUCCCCAUCAGAACUAUUCAUUGGCUGAACUUGAUGAAAAGAUCAAUGCUAUAAAGCAGGCAUUACUGAGGAAGACAAAAGAAAGCAAGUCCAAGGAGGCUGAGCGACUUCUUCGAUAAAAAAACACCCAAACGGCUUUUCAGACUCCUCAUCGUGCUUCACACAUACCUAAACCAUAGACCUGAGUAAUGCUUAUCGGGAUUGACUUCAGCAAUGAAAGCAAAGCAUGCAUAUAAACUCUUUUUGGUUGAUCUUGAAAGCUGUAUUUCAGAGUAAUUAAUUUAAAGACAGUCAUAUUAGUUAAAUAGUUACUUUAAUAUGAAGAGAGUUUUAGGAAUAGCAUUCUAACAAUCCAUCCCCUUCUGUUAUAAAGGAGGAUUGCAGCAUUGUUCAUAUGUGAGAAGUCUUAAGCAUGCAAAUGCUACAUUUUACAUGUAAUUCUAGGUGACUGAAUAUUCAAAAGGGCUAUCUUUUGAAUACUUUUCAUGUAAGUAAUUUGCAUAGACCUGUGAAAUGAAAUUAAGUACUUCCUCAUAAGUAAACUGUCUUAGGGGAAAAAAAAGUUACCGAAACCUUGCAGUGAGCAUGCUUAAAUGCUUUUUUUUUUUCUGUGUUUGUUACUAGUUUUGCAGUUGUUGGAAAUGCAGCAAAUUGCAUUUCUGUUUGAAAGAUGGUUAGAGAAAUCUUCUAUGUGUAAAUAAAGACACCUUUUCAUUUCCUCAGUGUCCUAUAGGAAUUCAGACUUAAUACCCUGCUAACAAAAUUAAUACAUUGUAAAGAUGACUACAGGGGAGGUUUUGAGGAACAUGCCAGCAGGCACCAGCAGCUUCUCUUCCUCCCCUAUGUAUGCUUACAUGACUUCUGGAGCGUGGAUGCUGGGUACAUAGUUUAAAGUCAAGUUGGACCUUUGGCCACACACUGCGGCAUGAUUUUUGUUUUGUGUUUUGUUGUUUGUUUGUGGGUUUUUUAAUAAAACAUUUUCUGUUUAAACCAA